UUUUAGAAUUUUCUCUUUGAUCCUUUAGUAUCUAAGCUAUAGGCUUUAACUGCGACUACAUGAAUGCAUAUUUUAAUAAUUAUUAUGUUCCAUACAUUUAACUUAUAGUACUGUUCAAAUACUGAUACUAAAGUAAUACAAAUAAUACAAUUCAAAUAUUGGGCAAACUCAUCAUGAGGUCCAUCAAACGUCAAACCAUCCGAUUCUCGCGAUAUUCCACGAAGUUUCCGGUGUUGUGUAUGUUCCUGGAAACAUGGCGGCCAGCUUCCGCGGCCGUCCUAUCCGGAGUCUUCGGAUGCGAGGUCGGAAUGACAGCGGGGAAGAAAACGUACCGCUGGAUCUGACCAGAGAACCAUCUGAAAAUUUCCGGGAAAUUGUCCAAAAUGUGGCCAAACCACAUGGAGUCAGUAACAUGCGUAAACUGGGCCACCUGAACAAUUUUAUAAAGCUGCUAUGCAGUGUAGGCCACCAAGAGGAGAAGUUUGGAUUUACAUAUGAAGAAAUCAUAGUUUGUUUACGUCUUGCUCUGCUAAAUGAGGCUAAAGAGGUCAGAGCUGCAGGAUUGCGGGCACUACGGUACCUUAUUAAAGACACAAACGUCUUGCAAAAGGUCCUUAGACUACAGGUGGAUUAUUUAAUCUCCAGAUGCAUUGACAUCCAACAGAGCAAUGAAGGAGAAAGGACUCAGGCUUUGAGACUAGUUCGAAAGAUCAUCACUGUCAACGCAAUGCUCUUUCCCACCUCCAUUGCAAACUCUCUAAUCGCUGUGGGCACUGAUGGUCUACAGGAACGUGACCGCAUGGUUCGUGCAGCCAUUGCAAUUGUGUGUGAACUUGCUCUAAAAAACCCAGAAGUGGUGGCCAAACGGGGCGGUCUGAGCACCAUCUUGAAGAGUGUCAUUGAUUGUCAGCUAAGUCGCAUUAAUGAAGCUUUGAUCACCACCAUCCUUCAUCUUCUCAAUCACCCGCACACGCGCCAGUUUGUGCGGGUGGAUGUAGAGCUCGAGCAAAUCCUUGCACCUUUCACUGAUUUCCACUACCGGCAUAAUGCUGCUGACACAGCUGAGGGACAGCUCAAGGAGGAUCGAGAGUCACGUUUUUUGUCAAGUCGGAUGGCAAUUGUAGCUGCUUUUCGCUCGUGGUCUGGGAUUAUCAACCUAUGCAAGGCUGGGAAUUCUGGUAUCCAAUCUUUAAUUGGCUUACUCUGCAUACCAAAUAUGGAGGUUAGGAAAGGGUUGUUGGAGGUCUUGUAUGAGAUCUUUAGACUCCCUGUGCCCAUUGUAACGCACGACUUUACUGAAGCUCUUCUUAGUGUUGACCCUGCCAGGUUCCAGGACACAUGGAGACUGUCGGAUGGCUUUGUAGCUGCAGAAGCCAAAGUCAUUUUACCACAUCGGGCACGCUCUAGGCCAGAUCUUAUGGACAACUAUUUGGCUUUUGUUCUGUCAGCUUUCAUCACAAAUGGACUGUUAGAGGGUAUUGUUGAAGUUGUGACCAGUAGUGAUGACCAGCUCGCUGUGAGAGCAACUAUACUUUUGGGAGAGCUUCUACACAUGGCAAACACCAUCCUUCCUCAUUCUCACAGUCACCACUUGCACUGCCUGCCCACUCUCAUUAACAUGGCGGCCUCGUUUGAUAUUUCUCAAGAAAAACGACUUCGUGCAAGUGCAGCUGUCAAUAACCUGAAACGUUUCCAUGAGAAGAAGAAAAAAGGUCUGAAGCCCUACAGUCUGUGUACUUGGAUCACAUCAUCCGAAAAUCAGUUUCCUCUCAAAACCGCAGAGAGUCUCAUUCACGGCCACAGCGAGACAUUUAUGUUAUUAAGGACACAGAAGAAGCACUUAUGAUGAACUUGAGAGACAGUCAAAUACUCAACCAUAAGCAAAACCUUGAAUGGAACUGGCUGCUCAUCGCCACAAUUCUUAAGUGGCCACACGUAAACCUCAGGAACAAUAAAGACGAACAAAUGCACAGGUUUGUGCGGAGGCUGCUGUAUUUCUAUAAACCUAGCAGUAAGUUGUAUGCAGGCCUAGCCCUGGAUCACAUGAAGGCCAGGCAACUCACUGU